CGUUGCGUUCGGUACGCGUCAACAUCAGCUGUUGUUUCGCUCUCGCGUGAAAUGACAGUUUCGUGGAAGUUCACAAUGUGGAAAUCGUUUUCGUGAGGGUGCUUCGUGUAUCGCGGAGGUGAGCCCGAUUCACGAUCUUCUCCUGGAAAAGAUGAACGGGAGUCUGGGGAUAAUGCGGGGUCCCGAGCAACAUCCACAGAGGUUCGCGGAUUAUUUUGUCAUUUGCGGACUGGACAAAGAUUCGGGCUUGGAGCCAGACAAGUAUUACGGAGACUCUUUGCAAUGCACGCCUCUGGAUCGUGCAUACAAGAGCAAAGUAUUGGGACACUAUCCAGACUCGGUACCAUGGAACCCUUUCGACGAUCAUGCUGUCUGCAUGCUUUGCCUGCCGAGCGGCCUGAGAUUCCGAACCCAGAAGCACUCGGUGGAGCCAACGUUCCACUCGUUCGUGCUCACCAAAGAAGACGGGCACAGAACGUACGGUUUCAGUCUUGUUUUCUACGAGGAGUGCAGGAAUCGAAAGAUAUGCGCGGCUAUGCAAACCCUGCAGGCGAUGCAUAUCACGGAACUGAGCAGCGGCCAAAACGGUACACCGCCAACGGUAAGGAAAGGCCAGGAUGGACAUAACACGCGAUCGUUGCCACGGCAUUUCAAGCUAUCAGCACACUCACCAGGUGCUGCGUUGGGCUACUAUGACUCUACCAAAGACAAGUUGCUAGUGACCAAAUCGAUAUCCUUGCUAUGCCAGCAGCCUUACCUCCAUGCCGCGAAAACGUUCCUCACUAAUCUCUACAAAUGUGUUCCUAGACAUCCAGGACCUGGUCUUAGCUUAGAGUCCUACGUGUACAAUAUUCUUUACAACGUACCGGUACCAUUACCUGGGAAGUCGUUGAAAUUCUUCGUUCCCAGCGACGAGCCAGCGAAAUCACCAUUAGAACUGGUUAUACAUCAGCCGACACCGUUGCAGGAACUACCGAUGCUCGAUUAUCCUCUGAAAGACAUGUUCACAUGGCUCGGCGCUGACUGCGUGAUUCAGUUAUUCACAUGCGUCUUAUUGGAGAACCAAGUGUUGCUCAGAAGCUCGGAUUUUCACAAGUUGAUGGUGGUAUCCGAGUGCAUAACGGCGCUUCUAUUCCCAUUUUCGUGGCAACACGUAUACGUGCCGAUAUUGCCCGCCAGUCUGCAUCAUUUCUUAGACGCGCCUGUACCGUUCAUAAUGGGUUUGCAUGCUCAGAACGAGGGUGGUGUGCUGAAAAUUGCUAGCGAAGCAAAUCUUUGUUAUGUAGAUAUAGAUAAGCAAAGUAGCCAAUUUCCAGAAGAAUUACCCGUGUUUCCUCAUAGGAUGCAAUUUAUUGCUGAGAUUAAAGCUCUCCUAAACAAGUACAAAGUACCAUAUUCAGGAAAGACUGACAACAUGGUCAUAAAUCAUUACAAUGGCGAUAUCAUGACUAGUAGUUUGACGCUUCCUGGUUCUGGUUUUCAUCUCCCUCGCAGAAAACACUCGUUACACGAUGUCUUGGAUUGGGAUCGACCAGAACCAACACCUCAAUCAGACACUUUACAAAGAAUAGUAGAUAUCGUUAAAAGAACGGGAGUGAACGUAGAUGAUAUUGAUUCAAUAGACGAUAACGUGAAGGAAAGAAUACUCACGUCGCAAGAGGAGUAUCAGGAAACGCUUAUGUUUAAUAAUGCCAUUAGGGAGAUUUUUUUGAACCGUUUUGUACAGAUAUUUUCUAGUUACGAACACUUCGUGAUUCAACCAAGUCAGGACAAAGAUGAAUGGUUGAAUAACAGAGAUAGUAUGCACGUUUUUGAUAAAGCUACGUUUUUAUCUGACCAACCCACGCAACAUUUGCCAUUUCUAUCAAGAUUCCUAGAGACACAGAUGUUUGCUUCGCUAGUCGACAAUAAAGUUAUGUCUACAUGGAGCGAGCUCGACUUUAAUAUACGAGUUUUCGAUCAAAGAAUUUCUUUCCUGAGAAAAAAAGUUGGCGAGGGCAUCGUACGAUCAACUCGCUACGAACCAUGUACAAGUAUAGAAGAGUCGCAAAAAGUGUUGGAACAGAGAAUGAUGAACGUGGAUUUCGAGACGAACCCACCCAAUGAGAUUCUUCCUCACAGGGCGGCGUAUUUUCGAAGUUUUCCCUUGUUAGACACUGUUGCAUUAAACAAGGAGCCGGCUCAGAGCAUACUUCGCAGUCGGAGAGGACAGACUCAGUGGAAAUACAAAAUGAAAUCCAUGGAAUCGAACGGAAAACCAACUGCUCCUCAAGAAACCCAGUCACCCAGGCCACAAACUAAGCUCUCUGCAGACAUGAGUCCAGCGUUGAUAGCACAAGCCAAUUGGACUUUUGUUGAAAAAUUGCUCAAGGAUUGCAAGUCAAAGACAAAGAGGAUGUUAGUCGAGAAAAUGGGUUCUGAAGCCGUGGCAUUGGGCCAUGGGGGCGAGUCGUUGUCCGACGUCGAAGAAAAUACGCUGGUUGCCAGUCUCUGUGAUCUAUUGGAACGAGUUUGGAGCCACGGGUUGCAAAAUAAACAAGGGAAAAGCGCUCUUUGGUCGCAUCUCACCAUGUACCAAGAGUUAGAAGAGUGUAACGAAACAACUAAAUCCAUAGAUCCAAACUUUCUCUCUCCUGGCAAGAAAUCGCCAAAUAAGUUUUUUGGAUUACCGGACCGUUUAAUUUCAUCAUUUAGGGGCAGAAAUAUUUUUGAAAUUGCUUCUUAUAUCAAGGAGAAUUUUAAUGACUUAUCGAAUUUGGCAUUGGAGACCGACGUUUCGCCUACUCGAGGUACGGACAAACAUAAAUCCCCCGGGGACAGAAAGAUUGGUCCGGAACAUCUGAGACCUUUGCCCGAUUCUUUGCUCUUUGACAUUAGAAAUGUGCAAGCAAUGACUGAUAUUAAGACGCACAUCGGAUAUGCCAGAGCUUGGGUUCGAUUGGCAUUGGAGAAGAAACUUCUGUCUCGUCAUUUGAAAACGCUAUUGUCGGACACGACAUUGUUAAGGAGUCAGUAUAAACGCUCAGCGUUUCUACGAUGCGAAGAGGAGAAGGAGCAAUUCUUAUAUCAUCUCUUAACGCUGAAUGCCGUCGAUUAUUUCUGUUUCACUAACAAUUACCCAACCACGAAAUUGCCAUAUAGGGUUGUUAUAUUUCCUAGUCGAAAAGCAAGCGCAGCUACUACUUCAGCAAAUAGCUGGAUCGCUAUUUCAGGCACUCUGUGCGAAACGAAUCCAGUUCCUAUUCCUAAAGGAGCGUUGGAAUUUGUAUUUCACCACAAGAAUUUGGGCGUGCUCUCUACAUUACGCAUAGGUCAUGACAAUACAGGUCUUUCCCCUAAAUGGAUGGUGGAACACGUAGUAGUUAGAAACGAGGUUACAGGGCAUACGUUUAAAUUUCCCUGUGGUAGGUGGCUUGGCAGAGGUAUCGAUGACGGUUCUACCGAGAGAUUAUUAGUGGGGGCCUUAGUGCCUCGCAGUAUCGAUAGUGAGGAGUUAGUCGAAUCGUGUUCAACUCCACCGAGGUGUAGGUCACCUAGUAUACCUAGACGCCCCAUAUUGUCUCAAGUUGAACUACAACACAUGUUAGGAGAAGCUGUAAACGCAAUUGUAAAAUUCCACUACAGAAGGGAAUGCCAAGAUGGUUCCUUGACAGCUUUACUUUGCGGAGAAGGUGGCCUCGUGCCAUCGUUGGAACAAAUAUUUCUAUUCGGUUUCAAAAAUCAGAGGAUAUUUGGGAGAAACUUUUAUGUUUGGGACUACCUUUUGCGCAUAAAGGAAAAUUUUGAAAUUUCUUUAUUGGAGGAGAUGGACGAAUAUUCGCAAAGGUUAAACAGAGGUAGACGAGCUCACAUAGAGAGUAAUCAAAGGUUUACGACAUUAAGAUGUUACUGUCACCUUAUCGAUCAGAUUAAUAUGUUCAGUCAAACCCUUGGUAAAGAUGGAAAGUUCCAGUUGUUCAUUUGCUUGGCAGCGAGGGAGCAGCUUCUUCAUUCGAUGUUACGGCCAAUGAGCGAGGCCCGCUCGACCGCCGACAUGUACGAAGAAACAUCAUUUCUAAGGAAUCCUACGUUAUUAAAUUUUCUCGUCCAUAUUCUUGAACCAUUGUGCGAGUUCCACAUCGUCCUUGAAAAGAGUUUGACUCAUGGAAUUUCUAGUAUAUGUUAAUUUAUUGAAAGACAUUCCGCUUAAUUAGGAUAUGUUACGAAAUUCUAAAUAAUACGAAGAGAAGAAAGACAUGUGUUAUAUUGGAGGUAUGAGGAACUUUCUAAAACCUAUUAUUAAGAAACUAAGAGGAAUUUAAUAAUGCAAAUGAAGACUGUUACGGAACUGUAAAAUAGUCGUUCUUAGGUGACAAAUUAUUUGACGAAAAAUUAAUACAUGAGUGAUAAUGAAAACAUAGAUCUUGCCCCGUUUCAAAAGCUUAUGAUAUUAAUGACGAUGACAAAAGUCAAAUACAAAGAUAAAUCUAAUUUGGCCAAUCUUGCCAUAGAUAUUAGUAGAAAGCAAACAAAGUUUGUUGAAACCGACGAAUCGUGUACCAAAGAUGUGAUCCUAUUAGUUAUUACUAUUAGUGUUAUUAAUAUUAUCAGUACUAAGGGUUUAGUUUUUUUACGGUCUUUGUCGUAAGCAGAAAAUUUCAGAACCAUGCAAACAACGUAUAUCACGGUAAUUGAUAAGUUAGGCGGAACAAAUGUGGUUUGUAUAUGUUCUAUUAUCAAUUAUUUUAAUCGAAGGUAAGAACGGAGAAUAAAAUAUCGGCAACAAAAGAAAAAACUAGGAUGGGAAAGAUUUACAUGUUGUUAUUUUCGAAUCUUAAGCAAUUUUAUGCGUUACAUUGUAUUCAAGUAAUUAUGGAAUGAAAUUUUAAUUAUCAAUAACCUCUCUCCUCGAUUUCAAUACGUUCUUUAUUUACAUUUGUGAACAAACGCUUACAGCGAUGCGUAAUACUCCUUUUUACAAAAUUGUGUGUAAUAAUACGAAAUGUUUUUUUAUUUUCAUCGGUUAAUCGAUCAAAAUUAUAACCAAUUCCGCGUAAACUGUUCCCAUGAGUGUAUUUGUGAUUUUUUUUUAUUAAAUUUGAAAGUCUAAUCGGUGUAUUAUAGUAUUGAAAAAAAUGGACCAAAUAACUUAAUCAUUUACUACGACUCUCGAAGCAUGGCAGUUUGUUUCUAAUCUGCAAGGUACAUAACGUUGGUACCGAUUGUCUUUCGAAGUUUUAAUGUACUUGAUGAUAAUCGGUGUAGCCUGAUAACAUUACCGACGUUGUUGAAAAAAUAGCUAUCAAAGUACAAUUUCUAGCAUUUCACAAAUAUACAAUAACGGCAUCCCGUAGAUAGGAAUCAUUCUGUCGUAUUAUUAACCCGUGUAUUAUUGCUCGCCCUUAGCGCGGUACGCGUGAAUAAUUUGAUAAAAUUUUCGUCUUUAAAUACGUAGUAAAACCUGUAGAAUUUUCGAUUAAAACGAGUUAGCUGUAAAAUCCUGAAAAAUGUUUCAACCGAAACGGAAAUAUUUUAAUUGGAAGUCCUCGUUACUUUGUAUCGAUCGAAAUUAUGUUCGAGUAAAGAUUAAAGAAUGGAAAUUAUUUUAAAUUAUGGAAAUACUUCACGCAUGCCCAACCGUGUAUAUUCAUUGUAUUCGUACCAGCCAACAAAGACUUCAUCGCGAGUCGUGUACGCAUUCGUGAAUGUAAAACUUUGAUUUUGGUUUCUGUUAACACAUUGCUCGCCAGGGAUAUCGCUCGGUUCAAUUUUUUUAAACAUAAAAUACCAUAUGUAAUUAUUAGUGUUUGUAGAAACAAAGCGUAGAAACUUCUAUCGUCGAACGUACACUUUGUUAACUUAUACGAUGUAGAAGUUUUGUAUACUUCGUGUGAUUCAUGUACCAUGAAUUCUCGAAUGUCUCAUUAAAUGAACCGUAGUUGGAAAGCAUUGUGUUAACGUAGGAACAUAUAAGCGAAUAAGAAAAGGAGCGUCAUCGUACGCGAUAUAAGUUGUUGUUUUAUUAAUGCCCGGUGUUUAGGUUGAAAGUUCAGUUGUUAAAUAAUUGCGUUGCUGCAUAAUGUUAGCAAAGGUAAUAUACCAAAAUACUCGCAUAACGAUCUGGUCAGGUUCUUUUUUCUAGAUUUUCUAGAAAGAAGAGAAACUCUGUUUUCUAUCAUUUUUUAAAGCAGAUUAUUGUGUAUUUUACUGUUUUAACAAUAAUCGCCUCUUCGG